CUUAGUGAUUGAUAUUGUAAUAAUAUCCAGAAAUAAAGACUGACAGAACUUUUAGAAGAAGUAUAGAGAAAAUUAUAAAGAGCUCAGUCUAGUUAUCAACUUUCAAAGGUUUCAAUAACUUGAACUCUCGAAGAAAAUACAACAAGGGCUGACAUACAAGAAAGAAUACAGAGUGGUAAUAGCGAAGCUGAAGCUCCUGAAGAACAAACUAAUAAUAAGAUGAACAAAGUUAAAAAUCUAAAGGACUCUAAUAAGACCAAUCGUAACUUAUGGCAGUAAAUGUUGGGUGAUGACUAACCAAGAAAGAUUAAUAUUUGAGAGGAAGAUUAUCAGAAUAUAUGGAGGAUUUUUAGAUAAUCCGAAAUAAUAGAUAAAUCGAUGAAAUACUAGGCAAUUAAGACAUCAACCCAUUCAUUGAAGCCCAGAGGAUGAGAUGGUUUAACCACACUCAAAGAAUGGAGGAUAAGUGUAUGCCAAAGAGAAUUAUGAAUGCCAAAAAUAUAAAGCAGUAGAAGAAGAGGCAGACUCCGUAUCAUGACGAGUUACCAACAACACCGAGCUGUAGUGCCAAUUGGUGAGGUUUGUUAUUGUCAAUUUAUAAUCCACGUGUGUACAUACUACUAUCUCAUUAUUAGUGUUAAGUAACCUGUUAGUUGAAAAGAGAGAGAAAUUUUUCUGCAAACCUGAUUGUUUAUAGUAGAGGAAGGAGAAAUAGAUUGAAAUUACUCGAUUAUUGGGUAGUGUUCGUUUGAUGUUUAUUUCGAAUGACAAGGAUUUUUGUUACCUAAAUUAACACACUGAACUAAAAAUAACUGAUUGUUCAUCUUUGUGUUAAUUUCACGGUGUUUGAUUUCUUUGGUAGUUUUGUAGGUUAUAUUAUCUAAUAAAUGAAAUUGGCUAUUAUAGAGAGGUGGUGAAAUUAAAAACAAAAUUGUAGCAUUUUCUAAAUAAUGUCCUAUCCACCUCCUAACCAACAAGGUGGGAUGUACCCGACUCCAUAUAACAGUGGUUAUCCUCCAGCCCCUCCUCCAGGAUAUCAAACCCCAAAUGCACCAGGUUACCAACCUAAUCAAGGUUAUGGCCCACCUCCUCAACAAGGCUAUCAACCUCCUCCAGGUCAAUACCCACCUGGUGCUGGAUAUGGUCCAAUAACAAAUCAACCACUUGGGCCACCGGGUGGAUGGAUGAAUAUGCCUCAAAGCAUACCGAAUUGUCCACCAGGCUUGGAAUAUCUUACUAUGAUUGAUCAGUUAUUAGUACAGCAAAAAGUUGAAAUUCUUGAAGCACUGACUGGUUUCGAAACACAAAACAAAUUCACAGUAAAAAAUAGUUUAGGACAAAAAGUUUAUUACGCAGUAGAAGACUCUGAUUGCUUGACAAGAAAUUGCUGCGGUCCGCUCAGACCGUUUGAUAUGAAAAUUUUGGAUAAUUACAGAAAUGAAGUUAUCCACCUCCACAGACCAUUAGCUUGUGAUUCCUGCUGUUUCCCAUGUUGCUUACAGAGUAUGGAGGUAUCGUCUCCUCCAGGAACAGUUGUAGGUACUGUAGAACAAGAAUGGAGCAUCUUCUGCCCUUCUUUUGCCAUAAAAAACUCCAGUGGUGAUACAGUAUUAAGAAUAGAAGGACCUUUGUGCACUUGGAGUAUAUGUGGCGAUGUUGAAUUCAAAAUAAUGUCGGGAGAUGGUGCUGUCCAAGUUGGGAAGAUAUCAAAGCAAUGGUCUGGGUUACUAAGGGAAAUGUUUACAGAUACUGAUUAUUUCGGAAUAACAUUUCCUAUGGAUUUGGAUGUUCGGAUGAAAGCUGUUAUGUUAGGCGCAUGCUUCUUGAUUGAUGCCAUGUUCUUCGAAAAUACCCAAAAGGAUAACUCUGCUGUAAUUUAAAAUUAAUUUAUAUAUGUUGCCAAAUGUACGCUUUACAGUGUCUUCAUUAUAUUUUAUAAAAUAUUUUUGAAUCCCUCCAUUAUUAAAAUAACAAAUAUAUUGAAUAUAUCAUAAUAUUAUAGGACAAAUACAAGGUUCAUAUUUUGUACUAAUAUCAAAAAUUAAAAAUAAAAUAAUUUUUUUUAUUGGCUGGGGUAGAACUCAGUUCAUGAAUAGUAUGGUAAGUGCUCUACCAGUGAAGGGACCUUAUUUUUCAUUUAUGUUCUACAGGGAGUUGUCUUUCUCAUUAGAGCUCUACUAUUAAAGAAUUCUCGUGUCCCUUUAAUCGUUGCUAUGCUUCUAUAUUUUUUCCUUGAUGUACAUAUUCCAAAAUCUUUAUGGACAGUAUCUUCCCAUACCAAGAUUCUGGCGAUUUUUUUCUUUGCACGGGAUAUUUCUUCUUCAACUUGCUUAAAAGUGAAAAGCUCCGUCAGUUCUUCUGUUAUAAGGGGGGUUAUAAGCUAGGUAUUCCAUUAUUUCCUGGUCAUCUAUAUCAUCAUUACCUGUAAAAACUUCAGUAGGGUGUUCUGCAAGUGAAUCUACCUUUUCUUUGGUUUUCCUUGCCAAGGGUCCUGAAGUGGGUAUUUGUUUUCGAAAAAAGGGGUUCUUGUUGUAUAUCAAUUAUAUCCUUGUUUGGACCCCAAUCUGGUGACAGAAGUCAAGAGGGCCAGACUCAGAUGGCUAGGCCACUUGGAGCGUAUGCCUAAGGAGUGGGGGUGGACAAAACGUAUCGUCAGAAGCUCGAGGGUCGGCAACCGUUAGUUGGAUGAUGUUGAAGAGGAUCUUCGGGAGCUAGGUGUGAGUGAGAGGAUACGCCGAACGUUGGACUGUGAUGACUGGAAGAAUGCGGUGGACGAGGCCAAGCCUUUUUGAGGGUCAUAGUGCCAGCGGUAGUUGUAUUAGUAGUUUGCUUAAACGCCAAAAUAAAUGAAGAAAAAUGUCUCCUUUACUCCUUUACUCAUAUAUAUAUAUAUAUAUAUAUAUAUAUAUAUAUAUAUAUAUAUAUAUAUAUAUAUAUAUAUAUAUAUUGACUUAUUUAUAAUAAAAACUGUGUUAUAAAAGCUAGCAAACCUUUUCUGAUAUAAGCUUACCAUUAGUUUUUAAAACUAAUAAAUAAAAACAAAUAAUUGUUUUUAUUUAAACAACAAAACGGACAAUAAAACUGCGCGGCUAAACUUUUUGAAGAAACAUUCUAGUGCAUACUAUUUACUGUCAACAAUCAAAAUUACACUGUCUGGUCCUUCGAGCCGGAUAUUAACCAGUGAUUUAUGUAAAGCCACCAGUGUAGUUGUGAGUGUUGAUAGUGUGUUCACAUUUUCCAAUUUAAUUCUUGUUAUACAUGUUUAAUUUGUUUUGUAUUUUUUUUUAUUAUGGAAAACGUUUUUUGCCAGAGAAUCUUGCACUUUUUAAAUAACGAAUAUACAGAAUGGACUUAAAUCUUGGGUUGUACGAAACGUGAUGAUUGUAAGUGUAUUGCUGAAAACUCGUAUAACCCUUUUAAUUGCGGUGAAUCGAACUAGUAAGGAAUCGAAGGACCACUGGGUGGCUAAGAAAUAAAAAAUAAAAGACUUAGAUUGUAAUAGAAAAAUGUUACAACAGUCUACAAGUUAAUGUUAUCAGGAUUACUUAUAACUAAAAUUUAAACGAUUUGGCAACGCUGCGUAUCUCGAGACGUAUGCCAGCAAAUUAUGUAAUAUGAAAAGCCAUUGGUUUGACUCAUCAAAAUUAAUUUCUCUCACUAACACCAACAAUAAACAACAACUAAGUAAUGAAGAAUGAGGAUAAACUAACAAUUUAUAAAAGAUUGAUUUUUCUGAUACGAGCGAGACAAUCGACGCACUCGUCUGCCACCUAAAUAACGACUCUAUCGAUUUGAGAAUAAAAUCUGACAACUAUGAUGAUCGGAAGAUUUCCUGUCAUAAUUAUUAGAAGACGCAACAACAAACUUACGCAAAAUUUUCACAGACAAGUAAUUUCUUAAACAUAAAGUCCAUUCUGUUAAAAUUUAUUAAGCACAAAAUCUUUAAUUUGUGCUAAAUUCUGAUUUACUUUAAGAUUAGUUUUAAGAAGAAGCUCUCUUUGUGUGACUUGUUUUUGUUUUAGCUAUUUUUAAUUAUAUAACUAAGCUAUUUUUUUUAAUUUGGUUAUCGCUAAACCAAUGUGAGAUUAUAAGGGGAGAGCCCGCUUAGAGGCUUCAAAAAUCGAUUUUUUGCAUAAAUGUCUUCCUAAAAUAUCCAAGACUGUGUCCCUUAAAUUUUAGAAGCAAAUUCGAAAAACUUUCGGAGUUCAAAACAAAUAGUGAGCGAGCGUUGAGCGGCCGGGUCGCUCGGAGAACGCACGCUCCGGUGGCCUCUCGAUCUAUUGUACGUAUUUUAAUCCAAAUGCUAAACCGGCAACUCUAUGAACCAGGAAACGCUAAUUUGCAUAUUAAUGCGAUGAGUUCCAGAAAAUUACGAAAACUUUGACGCACGAUUUAUCGGUUUUUCAUUUUUCCUAAUUGACGGGAAAGAUAGACAAAAAAACUAAACGUCCUAUUCAAACGAGACAAAAUGGAUUGUAUUCAGGAUUAAAUUAUCUUCUAGUUGAACCUAAAAAUCCUCAAGAAAUUUCAGAUUAACCCACUUUUUAAACAAUCCAAAGUGAAAUUGCGACCUGCAUCUUUCCCGUCUCACAACAAAUGCACGCUCGAAGCGGCUCGGCGAAAUGCUUGUAUCAGUUAUAAUUUGACAUGGAAAAAUUGUUGAAAUAUAUAACAAUAAACCCUGAAAGUUUCAAUCGGAGGAUGUCUUUCCUUCCCAAAAACAUCGAUUUUUUGAAGCAUCUAAAGCAGGCUCCCCCCUCAAAUUUAAAGAGAAAAAUUUGUGCUUUUCAAUCGUUCAAAAGUACGUGUGUCAAUACUUCCUUGUUCUUUAAUAAGCACAUUCUCUUCCUUCCAAAAUUGUUAUAAAUAUUUUUAAUAUUUUAUUUUUCAAAUGCUUAACAAUGUACUUAUUUAGUUUAUUUGUUUAAAUUUAUUUUGUUGGACAUUCUUAUACGAUGUUUUUGGAAGUACUUCUAACAUUCUAUUUUUCAAAUAAUUAUCCCUAUUAUCAUUUAGUGUACUUCUGAGGGUAGUUUUUGAAUGCAUUCUUUAAGACUUUACAUUUUAAAAUAACCGCUUGUGAUGAGUCUGAGUGUCUAUAUAUAUAGAACUGUGAAAGUGCAAUUUCGUGUUGUCGCUCGACGUUCGCUAGAGCGUCAAAUGAGGUCACGUGGUAUAAUUUCGACUGAAGCGCAAUCCUUAAUUAAUGCAGUGUCAAAUAUAAGAGCGUCAAACUUCAAAACGCUGCAAAAGAACUUCAGUAAUUUCUUAAUUAAAUUUUUAAAUAUAUAUAAUAACGUUAAAGUUAUUAAUGAUAUUAUUUCUUCGUAGUUCAUCGCAAGUUUUUUGCUAUAAAUUCGAUUUAAAAUGCUUAACAAUAUUUAGCUUUGAUGCUUUUUUAAUUUAAGUCGAAAUUAUACCGUGUGACCUCAUUUUAAGCUGUAUGCCAGCGUCGAGCAUCAACAUGAAAUAGCACCUUAAGUCAAAAAAGGUCUCAUGUGCUUAAACAGAACUGAUAGAUGCCUUUUAAAAAGAUAUUCUGGUUUUUCAAGUUCGUGUUUUGAUGUUGAAAUGUUAUUUAUUAUAUGAAUAUUUAUUCUUAUUCACUAUACACUUGAAAUAAAAAUAUAAUUACUUUUAAA